AUGGCUCCCAAAUACAAGUUAACCUACUUUCCUAUUAAGGGUUUGGCAGAACCUAUUCGAUUUUUGUUUUCUUACGGGGGAAUUGAAUUCGAAGAUUUUCGAUUGUCUCAAGAGGAUUGGCCAAAAUUUAAGCCGAAUACUCCAUUCGGACAGACUCCAAUAUUGGAAGUUGAUGGUAAAGUAAUACAUCAAUCAACAACGAUUUGUCGCUACGUGGCUAGACAAGUGGGUCUGGCUGGAGCUGAUGACUGGGAAGCAGUUCAGAUUGAUGCUGUUGUCGAUACAAUCACCGAUUUUCGUUCAAGUACGCAUAUUGUUCCAGAUGAUAUUAGAGAAAUUCAAAAUUAUUUUUACGACAGCGAUCCUGUUUCAAAGGAAAAGAAGAAAGGCUCAUUAUUUAAAGAAACUAUUCCGUUUUAUCUGCCAAAGUUUGAAGAACUUGUCAAAAAUAAUGGUGGCUAUUUUGUGAAUGGAAAGUUGACGUGGGCCGAUGUGUAUUUUGUUGGCUAUCUUGAUUAUCUAAACUUCAUGGCCGGCGUAAACCUUCUGGAAAAAUACCCUACUCUGCGAAGUUUAUGUACUACUGUGCUCGAGCUACCUGGAAUCAAGGAAUGGGUUGCAAAACGCCCUGUUACUCCGAAUUAA